CUUCAUGAAGCUUUCUUUCUCCAUCUCCAGCCCCGAGGACAACGCCGCAUCUCUGCUUUGGUUUGCGCCCUGGUUGACCUAAAUACAGCAUCUCCGAGGUCCCGCAAGGCAGAAAAUCACACAGCCUGCAAGAAAAGGAUCCGAAGAAGGACGCGACUUUUCUUUUCUGGAGUGAUUCCUCUUUAGCUUUCUGACCCUCAGCUCUAACCUGAGACCAAACCUCUUGUCCGGAUCACCACCGCAGCGCUCCGUCCUCUCACGGACUGCGUCGGGAUGUCUAAGCAGAGGACAAGAAAUGACAGGCUUGACUGAUUUGAUCAUUUUCCGAUCUGGCGACUGUUGAAGGAGCUGGAGGGGAAGACAGGGAAAGGCAAGAUGCUGGGCGAUAAAGUGCCGGGAUCGAAAUUCGGUCCGAGAGGUCCGUCGUUUUACAUCGAGAAUCUGUUGGGGACAUCAGGCAGAGGUUCUUCAGCUGAGGAGCGGGCAGACUCUCCGGGGUUUAAAGCUGCCGUCCACGGCCCGGGACGACUGAACGACAGUGAAGUGUUGAACUGGAGCAGAACUUUCCCAAACACCAGCAGCUCAGGCAGUCUACUAUGCAACAGUAGCCGCUCACAUGAACGCAUCCCGAACAGUGACCGGGAUUUCCCGACUUUAACGGGGCAGGCGCAGGAGAGCGACCAACCGGCGGAGAAGGGGGGCGACGGUUUGGAUGACAGGGAGGAAGAAGAUGCGCGCUCCUCCUGCGUCUCUCGAGAGGACGGCGGGGACACAGGCGACAUGAAAACGAUGAGAAAGAAAAAGACGCGCACCGUGUUCAGCCGGAGUCAGGUGUUCCAGCUGGAGUCCACGUUCGAGCUGAAGCGCUACCUGAGCAGCUCAGAGAGAGCUGGGCUGGCGGCGUCGCUGCAGCUCACUGAGACCCAGGUGAAGAUCUGGUUUCAAAAUCGCAGAAACAAGUGGAAGCGGCAGAUCACGGCAGACAUGGAAUCCAGCAGCGCAGCCGUCCCCUACACUACUCAGAGGGUCGUCAGGGUUCCCGUGUUGUACCGUGAGAACGUCCCCUCAACUGUGUCGCUGACCAGUCUGCCUCAUGGCUCACCGCCGGUAGUUGGAUUCUCAAGUUCUAUUAAUUAUCCCUUGACUGGCCGUUUCACCCAUACAGUGUCGUUCUUGACACCACAGAUGACCGGACUGGUGUGACUUUGAGAGCGGAAGUGAAGACACCCGUUUUAUCUAUGACUUAAAUUGAUCAAAUAAAGAUGUUUGGGAUUCUAUGAAGUCAGGAAAUCUUCCAGUACACUGGGACUAAUUCAUUCUGUAUUUAACCAUUUCUUCUGGGUGUUUUCUGGAGGAAACUUCAAUAAAAACAGGCAAGUUGAGUUUAAGUUUGAUGAAUCUACCAGACAAUGGCUACUUUAGAGUCCAAUUUCUCAUUUUUAGAUGUCCCAUUUUCCAAUUCAGUGCUAGAUAUGAUGUCUAUGAUGAAUAUUUUUGGACUGUUUAAACUGUUCACAAACCUGUCCUUGGUGCUUCAUUAACCCAUAGAUGCAGAAGUGGGUCAAAAGUGACCCGUUGAGGUCGUUUUCUUGCAAUAUCUUUGUAAUGAAAAGUUUUUAUCCUUUCAUAUUCCAGCUAUUCCUCAAAAAAUGUGUUUUUGAUAUCAUUCCAUUUAAAUUUUUAAGGUAUCUUUUUUAAUUUUAAAGAAAUUGUAAUAUUUGUAUGACUACCCCAAGUUCUUUAUCACUGAUAAUAUUAUACAAGAGGCGAUGCAGUGCAGAAACUUGGAGGAAAAGAGUGGAAAAAUGUCAACAAAAUGGAUGUUGACAUUCUUCUGUUGCUGUUCUGUAUAAUAUUCUCCUUUUUCAAUCAUCUAAAUGUUCAAAAUCUGUGACAAAGCGAAAAAUAAACAUAUUUCAAACAUGAAAUCAUUCUUCUGUGGACAAAAAUGGAAUAAAAACGAUAAUACAAAUGAUUAUUCUUAACCAAAUCAACAAAAAAAAGGCAUAAAAACACAUUGAUUCUUAUACAGGUCAUUUUUGACCCACUUAUGGAAGAGUUUAGUUUCCAAUCACUGGUGCAUCUAAGGGUUAAGGACAUUUUACAGAAGGUCACAUAGUUUCCAAGUAUAGCCCUAUUUUGUAUGUGUGUUUUUCACAGAAAAUAUAUAGAUAAUUCACAUAUAUGGGAUCAAAUAAGGGUCAAUGUAAUUGUCAGAUUGUACCACAAUGUUCAGAAAUUAUGUGAUUAAAUUAUGUGCCUGAAAAAUCAGGCACAAAGAAAAUAAAACAUAAACAGGCAUGAGUCUGACAAACAAAACCACAGCUAAAAGUUGAACAUUCCAUUUUUUUUGCUACUGCUGUCAAACUGUAAUCACACGUCCCCAGAAGAAAUCUCUUUUUUUUACAAAACUUUUCAGAACACAGACAAUGAUACAUUCUCCUGCAGCCACAGCUUCUGAUUUUUUCCCCGAACAUUAUUUCACAAGCUCAGCAUUGUUUUUAUUUACCCUUAUUUGUGUCCAUACACGUUCCUGGGAGUAAUAUGCAUGGUACAGUUGAAGUGAUCUUUAAAUGUAGAACUAGAUUAUUUAUGAAAAGGAAUUUCUUGUAGACUUGAUAUUUUGCUAGAUGUGAGCAGGGAUAGAUUGUUAGUAAUACUGUGUAACUGAGUCAUUUUUUUAUUUAUUUUAAUACGGACUUUUGUACACAUACGUUCACAUGUAAAUAAAAUGUAUGCACAAAUGGG